AUGAAAAUAGUCCAGAUCGAUGUUUACCAGGUCGACCUGCCGCUUCACGAGGGCCGCUACAGCUGGGCCGGCGGAAAGUCGGUCGACGUGUUUGACUCGACCGUUGUCCGGAUCGCCUGCGACUCAGGGCUCGUCGGGCACGGCGAGGCCUGUCCGCUGGGCCCGGCCUAUCUGCCCAGCUUUGCUGCGGGCGUACGCGCCGCCCUCGGCGCCCUGGCGCCCGAUCUCCUGGGCUGCGACCCGCGCGCCGUGGACGCCAUCGGCGCGCAGAUGGAUGCCUGCUUGAAGGGCCAGCCGGCGGCCAAGUCGGCCGUCGACAUGGCGUGCUGGGAUCUGCUGGGCCAGGCUGCGGAGCUGCCCGUUCACCUGCUGCUCGGCGGGCGCUUCGGGGAGAGCGUCGCGCUCUACCGGGCGAUUUCCCAGGAUACGCCACCCGCGAUGGCCGAACGUAUCAGGCAGUACCGCAGCGAAGGCUACCGGCGCUUUCAGCUGAAGGUCGGCGGCGAGCCGGACGAGGACAUCGCGCGGAUCGAGGCGGCGGCGGAGGUUCUGGAACCGGGCGACGUCCUGAUCGCCGAUGCGAACACGGGCUGGCUGCCGCACCAGGCGCGCCGCGUCGUCCGCGCCGUGCGGGCGCUGGACGUCUACAUCGAGCAGCCCUGCCUCGGCUACGAGGAGUGCCUGACGGUGCGGCGCGCCUGCGACCACCCCUUCGUGCUGGAUGAAUCCAUCACCGAUGUCGAGAGCCUGCUGAGGGCCCAGCGCGACGGCGCCAUGGACGCCAUCAACAUCAAGCUCGGCAAGGUGGGCGGCCUCAGCAGGGCGCGCCAGCUGCGCGACCUCUGCGUGCGCCUCGGGCUGGCCAUGACCAUCGAGGACAGCUGGGGCGGCGACAUCGUGACCGCCGCCAUCGCCGCGCUGGCGCAGUCCACCCCGGCGCGCUUUCGCUUCACGGCAACCGACUUCAACAGCUAUGUCACCCGGCGCAUUGCCGAGGGCGCGCCGCAGCGCCGCGACGGCCGUUUCACCGCCAGCAACGCGCCGGGCCUCGGCAUCACGCCCCUGCCGGAGGCGCUGGGCGCGCCGGUCAUGACCUUCGCCGUCUGA